GUUUCUAUAAACUCUCGAUAUCAUCUUGCAUUUACCAAUUCAACUUCACGUAGUCUUCUUCGCAGCGAAGCAAUGAUAGUUGACAUUACGAGUAGGCCAGAUAAGCAGUCGAAGCCAAAGGGAUUGGACCAUCAGCAUACCCAGAACUUGGACGCAUUGAUCGAGCAAUUGAUGAGUUGUAUAACCUUGUCAGAGGAUGAUAUAGAGCGAUUAUGCGAUCAGGCAAGGGAGUUGUUGCAAGAUGAAUCAAAUGUACAGCCAGUUUCCAGCCCCGUUACAGUCUGUGGCGACAUUCAUGGCCAGUAUCAUGACCUGAUCGAGCUUUUCCGAAUAAGUGGACUAUGUUCAGACACCAAUUACCUCUUCAUGGGUGACUACGUCGACCGCGGCUACCAUUCCGUCGAAUCAGUAUCCCUCCUCGUCGCCCUCAAAGUCCGCUACCCCAAACGCAUAACGAUCCUCCGGGGUAACCACGAAUCCCGACAAACCACCCAAGUAUAUGGCUUCUACGACGAAUGUCUGCGGAAGUACGGCAACGCCAGGGUAUGGACAUUAUUUACAGACCUAUUCGACUGCCUCCCUCUUACUGCUCUUAUCGACAAUUGCAUCUUCUGUCUCCACGGAGGGCUAAGUCCCUCUAUUGAUACUCUGGAUAAUGUUCGAGAGCUGGACCGAGUACAUGAACCGCCUCAUGAAGGCCCAAUGUGUGAUCUCCUCUGGAGCGAUCCUGAUGACAGAUACGGUUGGGGCAUUUCGCCUCGUGGCGCCGGGUAUACAUUCGGACAGGACAUAUCUGACGCGUUCAAUCACAAUAACGGUCUCAGUCUUAUCGCGCGAGCACAUCAGAUGGUAAUGGAUGGGUAUCUUUGGGCGCAUGAUAAAAACGUCGUUACGGUUUUCUCUGCUCCGAACUACUGCUACCGUUGUGGCAAUCAAGCAGCUAUACUGGAGGUAGAUGAACAACUCAACUACCAAUUUAUACAGUUUGAUCCUUCGCCACGGACUGGGGAACCUACAGUGCAUAGAAGGACGCCAGAUUACUUUUUAUAGCUGUCAAUUCGCCUACAACGCGAUGGGUUUUAAAAGAGUUGAGUUGCUACUAUAUACUUCGAUUUACUAAUCUUGCCGGUGGCAAAUGUACUAGAGGUAAGGUACUAAAAGGAAUUCCGGGCACGAUUGAUGGUGUGUUUAUAUCAAUUUCAAAGUUUGUUUGGGCUUGUCCUCUGCGCUUGGCAGAAUAUAUGUUUUUGUUUUUACACCUCACCAAUCAAGGAAUACUUAUGCAACGUUGUUGUAUUCCCGUCGAUUAUAGCCAAAAGAAAGUGAUACGCAAUGUGGUUUGGAAAAGGAAACCCGAAGCAGCGGC